CCAGUCCGUCUUUCAGUCGGUCAGGAACUCUUUUCUGCGCCAUCAGGACACUAUCGGUUUAACUGUUCCGGAUAAGGACUUUUCUUCAGUCAUGAUUCGGGUUUCUUCGCCCGUGGCCGUGUUGCUGCUGUUUGCGGUUUUUUUGGUGGUGACGGCAAACUCUGGACAAAAAUUGGUAAGAAAAAGAAGAGAAUGGAUUCUUCCUCCAAAGCCUCUGACAGAAAACGUGGACUACACUAAAAUGGAAUCUAUUGCCAGGAUUCGAUCAGAUUUUCAAAGUGGGACAAAUGUUGUCUACUCCUUAGAAGGCAUUGGCGCAAACCAAAAUCCCUUCCAUGUGUUUGUCGUUGACCCUAAUACUGGAAACGUUCGUGUGACCAAAGUGCUUGACAGGGAGUUCAUCGAUACAUACAAUCUGUCAGGUGUUGCUACAUACAGAAAUGGCACCCAAGCUGAGAAAAAAAUUGACCUACGAAUCAAGGUUGAAGAUCAAAAUGACAACGCUCCAGUGUUUGGUGUAGUUAAGCCUGGGGCGGUGAAUGAGCUCAGCCCUAAAGACACUUUUGUUAUGAAAGUCAGUGCAACUGAUGCCGAUGAACCAGGGAAUCCCAAUUCUAUGAUUGCUUAUAGCAUCAUAGAGCAGAAGCCACCUGGUGACAUGUUCUACAUUGACCCCACGGGGAACGUCUAUGUCAAGAAGCUUGGGCUGGACAGAGAGACAAUUGAUCAGUACGUUCUGACGGUGAAAGGCCAAGACUUAAAUGGCCAACGAGGGGGGCACAGUGGAACUGGCACUCUUACCAUUAAUGUACUCGAUGUGAAUGACAAUCCUCCCACUCUGGAAAAAGAGCAGUAUGAGGGAUCCAUUGAGGAGAACACUGAAGGUGUGGAGGUGAUGAGACUCAAAGCAGAGGAUCUGGACCUCAAGGAUACGGACAACUGGGAAGCUGUGUUUGAUAUUGUCAAAGGCAAUGAGGGUGGAUACUUCAGCAUCAAAACAGAUCCCGAGACCAAUGAGGGCAUCCUAAUGCUUGACAAGCCUGUGGAUUAUGAGAACAUCAAGGACCUUGAUCUAGGGCUUGUUGUGAGGAAUAAAGCUCCACUAUAUGAUGGAUUUGCCCCAAAUGGUGCAGGUAGUAUAGGUUUUGGAGGUGGUGCCGGUGGUGGUGGCGGCAGUGGUACCGGCAGUGGUACCGGCAGUGGUACCGGCAGUGGUACCGGCGGCGGCGGCAGCGGCAGCGGCACCGGCACUGGCACCGGCACCGGCACCGGCAGUGGCACUGGCACCAGCGGCACUGGUGCCACUAGUGCCACUGGUGCUACUACAGGAUUUAAAACCUACCCCAUCAAAAUCAGUGUGAAGAACCAGCCUGAGGGGCCACGUUUUGAUCCCAAAGUCAAAGCUAUUCCCAUCUCAGAAGGAGACUCCUUCGACAUUAAUAAAGUUAUUGCCAGCUACCCUGCAAUUGAUGGAGACACUGGAAAACCAGCUGAGAAUGUCAGGUAUGCCAAGGGCUCAGACCCUGACAACUGGUUCACCAUUGACCCAAAGACAGCUGAGAUCAAACUGAACAAGAUUCCUGACAGAGAAUCUCCAGCCCUGGUCAAUGGAACAUACAUCGCUAAAGUACUCUGCAUAACAGACGACAUGCCAGCUAAAACAGCCACUGGCACGAUAGCCAUUCAGGUGGAGGAUUUUAAUGACCACUGCCCCACUCUGACCAGUGAUAAACGGACUAUGUGUACCACCUCGGAUGCUGUUAUAGUGAACGCUAAUGAUGAGGAUGCAUACCCUAAUGGACCUCCUUUUGACUUUGUCAUCAUCCCUGAAGGCACUGAUGGGAAAUGGCAAGUCGAGCAUCUAAAUGACACUGCAGCUAUCUUGAGAGCUCAGGAGUCCUUCUGGCCUGGUUUGUACGAGGUGAAAUUUGAGGUGAGGGACCAGCAGGGACAGGCCUGUCCGGAACCACAGAAAGUGGAGGUCCUAGUUUGCACCUGUGAGGAUGGAGUAGUGUGUGGACAAAGAGGUGCCAAUGGCCAGCCCAGCAAGAAAACAGAAUUAGGACCUGCAGGCAUUGGACUGCUGCUACUAGGCCUCCUGAUGCUGCUACUCAUCCCUCUGUUGUUACUCUUCUGCCAAUGUGGGGGUGCUGCAGGAUUUCCAGACCUCUUCACUGAGAUGCCUUUUGAUACAAAGUCACACCUAAUUAACUACCGCACUGAGCGCCAAGGAGAGAACACGGAGAUGCCACUACUGAACAUGCCAACACAAGUGGAUGGCGAUAUGGUCACCAUGGGUAUGGGUGCGGCUAAAACUUCAGCAAUGGCACCUAUGGCAGGAUUGGAUUUCCAGCCAUCUGUCACGUCCAUGAAUGGGAUGAAUGGGGGUGCCUUUCAAGAAGGUUUUUCAAGUGUGAACAGAGAAGGGAUGUGGGCAAUGAACCAGGAGGAAGGCAGUGGCUUCUACUCUGAUUUUGAGGGCAUGGACUCACGAGGAGGUGGGGGAAUUUAUGCUGGCAUAGCAUUGCCAGACCACUUCCUGGGACAGUACUACAAUCAGAAGGUGGCCAGUGGAGCUGACAAUCUUGGGGUGAAGGAUGGUCUGUUAGUUUAUGACUAUGAGGGCCAGGGCUCCUGUGCUGGCUCAGUGGGCUGCUGCAGCCUUCUAGAAUCUGAAAAUGACCUGCAGUUCCUCGAUAACCUUGGACCGAAAUUCAAGACUCUUGCUGAGGUGUGUGGAGACAAGAAGAUCCCAACUGAAAUCAAACAAGUGUGCCCUCCUUUGCCCAGUUCCUCUAUAACCAGUGCCCAAGCUUCAGUAUCAAAUGUGAUCAUGACCCAACAGCUGCCCCCUUCACCCAAACUGCAACCAACUUUUCCCAGAGUGGAGCAAACUGUGGUUAGGAAGACAACUGAACAUUCUCCGUUGGUGACAGAAAGCACGGCCAUGGUGAGGGAAGGGAUGACCACAGUGAAAACAGAGAUGGCAAAUCAAAACCAGAUGCUCCUGCUACAGCAGCAGCCACAGCCUGUCUACUACACCACCACCCCUGUGUUGCAGCCGAUGCACUACGUAGUCCAACCACAGGUUCAGAACACGGUGCUGCUGACUGAAGCGCCAGCCACCAACCUUCAAGGUAUGGUACUGGUUAACGACACCAAGCCUGGACCUUCCCAGGGUCUCAUCAUUCAGGGGCAGAAAGUGAUGGCCAGUGGACAAGCCCAGGGCCCCAGCAUGGUGCUGGUAGAGAACAGUGGGCUCCAUGGGAGCCACACCAACCUAAUCCAAACUGGAAACUUCUCUGGUUCCCAGCCUAUGAUGGUAGUUGAGGGCAAGGUCCCCGCAGGGUCAAUGAAAGUGCUGUCGGGAAGCCAAACAUGCCUCAUUCAAGGAGGUUCUCUACAGCCAGGAGGGCUUUCGGGAUCUCAGACAGUCCUGGUGGUCAGAGACCCAACAAGCAGCAGUCAGCUUGUUAAGGAAGCAGGGGGUCUGUCCAGGAAGAGUGAAGUCUCUGGCUUACAAAGAGUCCUCGUCAGCAAGGGCAGUCCAUCCAUGAGCUCUCGAAGCAGCAAAUUGGGCUCUUCUACCACCACAGUGAGCACAGCCCCCACCUACUCCAAGGUAUUGGUGCAGGAAACAAGAGACAAUCAGUGAAAGAAAAAUUGCCCAAACAGCAGUUAACUUUUUCCAGAUGCCAAAAAGACUAUUCCUCUGCCCUGUUCUCGGUGGUGAUGGUGCACUUGUGGGACUAAAGUAAUCCAUACAGCUAAUGGAGAUUCUUUAUAAUACCUCUUUAAGUCUGAUAAUGUAAAGGGGGAGGGGAGGGGUGGGGGAGUUUACGGCACCCAGAACACAGGAAAUAUUAAAGUUACAUGGUCAUUACUCCAACAAGGGUGAAAAUAAAUGAAUCGACUAAAUUGUGAAUGCAAGGUGGUGCAGUUGGUAGCACUGUUGCCUCGCAGCAAGAAGGU